GACGCCGACACUUUGACGCGGCUUUCUUUUCUCCCUCGACUUCGCUUCCUUCCAGACAAAGUAGCGUCCGCCCUGCAUGGCCCCAACGUCGCUGUGCAUGUCAGCCGUGACCAAGAGUGAAGAUCCGCCCUCGGCGCAGGUCGCCGCCAUGCAGACCAGCCUGGAGGACGCCGGGAAGCCCAAAGUCUCCAUCCUGCCCUUCAGCGUGGAGGCUCUGAUGGCGGACAGGAAGCCCAGCCGGGAGGCGCCUUCGCCGGACGGACCCUGCGGAGCCGGCGGGCUGGGGAUCCGCUUCGGAGGCUUGGACGCCACCCCCAUGAGCUCCUCUUUUUCCGUGGUGAGCCUGCAGGAAGACGCGCUGGUCAAGCCCGAGAGUCCAGACGGCCAGGAGAGGACCGCCUGGAUGCAGACUUUUUCCCCGACGCCUCCUCGAAGGUUGAGUCCUCCGGCGUGUCCGCUGCGGAAGCACAAGACCAACCGGAAGCCGCGCACGCCCUUCACCACGUCCCAGCUGCUGGCCCUGGAGCGGAAGUUCCGGCAGAAGCAGUACCUCUCCAUCGCCGAGCGCGCCGAGUUCUCCAGCUCCCUCAGCCUGACCGAGACCCAGGUCAAGAUCUGGUUCCAGAACCGCAGGGCCAAGGCCAAGCGGCUGCAGGAGGCCGAGCUGGAGAAACUGAAAAUGGCAGCCAAGCCCAUGUUGCCGCCGGCCUUUGGGAUUUCCUUCCCGCUGCACGGCGCGCACGUCCCGGCCUCCUACGCGGCCUCGCACGCCUUCCAGCGGCACUCGCUGCCGGUCUCCCCGGUGGGACUGUACGCCGCGCACGUCGGAUACAGCAUGUACCACCUGGCCUAGCUGACGUCACCUACUUGGGACUUGUAUCGCGGAGGACCCCCACUUGGCCAGUAAGUUCCUACAACCAGAUGCGUCUUCUUCCAGAAAAGGGGACAAUUUGACUGAGUUCAGUUCAAAAAGGGACCAAAUUAAAACACUCACUUGGACGGGUGUAAACAGAAAGGCUCUACGUCCACUGCAGUGGACAUUUGGCAUUUACACAAUUUUACAUAACAUUAAAUAUAAUAAAAACACUUUAAAUGUAAACACAUCAGAAGAUCUUUGCUUUGGCAUUUUCACCUCUAAAGGCCUGCGUCCUCUGCAGUGGACAUUUGGCAUUUACAUAUCUAUUUUUUUUUUUGCAGAAAAUUAAAUACAAUAAUGUGUUGAAUAGACGAUCUUGGACAUGUGUCAAAAAAGAUCCUUACCAUCACAUUUUAACCUCCUAAAGCGUCCUCUGCAGUGGACAUUUGUCAUUUUCAUACUAUUUUUUGCAGAAAAUUACAUCUAAUAAUUAAAAACACCAAAGCGCCUCCUGUCGUAUAGAGGAUCUUGGA